GGCGCUCCGCGGCCGCACCAGCGCCGCCCGCCAGCCCGGCCUGCCGCGGGGCCGCCACAGCCCGCCAGGACCAGGUGAGCGGCUCGGGCCUGCCCGGGGGGAGCGGGAGGGGACGUUCGGCAGCGGCGGGGCCGGCCCGGCCCGGGCAGCCCCUCUCGGGCUGAACGCGUCGCCGCGGAGGGCGCCGGGUCGGGUGCGCCUGCGGGAGGUGCGGAGAGCUCUGCCCGCCGCCUGCCUUCCUUUCCCUGGAUUGAUCUGACUUCAGGCUUUUCUCAGGCAUCAGGAAUGUCUUCUGAGCCCACUUCCUCUGCCUCGCAGCAGUCCCCCACUUCUCCACCCUCACCCAGUUCUCUCCAUCUGCCCGAAACCCGCAGGGCAAGAGACCGCUCCCCAUCGCCCAUGAGAGGGUACCUCAUUCCCAGCCCGCUGCCCACCCGACGGACCAGGACCUUCUCAGCAACCGUGAGAGCGUCGGAGGGUCCUGUCUACAAAGGUGUCUGUAAAUGCUUCUGUCGCUCCAAAGGCCAUGGAUUUAUUACCCCUGCAGAUGGAGGGCCCGACAUCUUUGUACACAUCUCUGACAUUGAAGGCGAGUAUGUUCCAGUGGCAGGCGACGAGGUCACCUACAAGAUGUGCACCAUCCCCCCGAAGAACGAGAAGCUGCAGGCAGUGGAGGUGGUGAUUACCCACUUGGCUCCUGGAACCAAGCACGAGACCUGGUCGGGGCACGUCGUCAGCUCCUGAGGUGCCCCAGAGGGAGCACGGUCCCUGCUCAACACCUGGCUGCAGUGGACCUGUGCUAAGAAUACGUUGUGUGUUGUGCAGGAGGAAAUACUGCCUUGUCAAUAAAGCAGAAGCAGGCCAGAAUUACUGGUGUUACAGCUGAAAAACAAAACAAAACAAAAAAAAAAAAAGGCAAUUGAAAUGCUAAUGAAAAAAAAUUUAGCGCAAUGUGUUUACAAAACUGUAUUUUAAAGAGAGCUGGUGUGUGCUUGGUGGAGGAGGGGACGUUUGGGGGUUCUUUUUUAUCUUGUGAGCUGAUGCCAGGAAAUGCCUGGGGACUCGAGGAGAGGUUUGGAGGAGAGCUCUGGCCAUAGCAGAGGCACAGCUCUGAGGCACUAGAGGUGUGUGAGCACUGUGUUCCCUUGAGCUGUUCUUCUGUCAGGCUUGGAGUACACCUUCUGCUGGGACAGUGCCUGCAUACCUUGGCUUGGGCGAGGGAGAGGUGUUCACUGCUGCCAUUGCUUUGCCUCAUGGAAGGAAGUUCACAAAAGAGCAGCUACAGCAGGGUGGGAAUUCUCCAUCUGGUGGUUACGCUCCCAUGGCCCCGGCUGGGUGCCCUUCAGGUGCUCCCUUUGCAAAUGGCAUGUCUGCAUAUGGGUGGAAUAUUGUGGUUUUAAAACCUGGAUUGUUUGUGAAUUUAUUUAGGUGCCUUGAUGGUUGAUUAGCAACAGAUUUUAUAGGCCAGUAUUAAAAAAACCAAAACAAACAAAAAAACCCCAAAAAAAUCAACUCAAAAUUUGAAAACUUCGUUUCAAGGUAAGUGGUAGAAAACUGUAAAGUAGUGGGUGCUUCACAGCCUCUGUGUCUGAAUUUAGACAAAGCUGAAGCUUACCUUCCUGAUGGCAUAUAGUUGAAUGUCUGCCACAGCACUGCAGUGGGCAGGCAGAGUAACUGUACCUCUGGAAAGCAAGUUGUAUGCUGUUCAGUAUCACAGUUGUAUGCUGCUCAGGUGCAAGUGUGUAAACUGCUGUGCAAGUUACUGAACAGGCUCAGCUGCCUGUCUGGGUGAAGCUGCUCCCUGGAAAACUUGCUCAGUAGGAUGUGAUACGGUCACCCUUGCCCUGACUCUUCUCUGCCUGCAAGAUUUCAUGUAGUUGUAGUGCAGCAUAGGUUUGUCCCUGUUUGCCUUCCACAUCUUUUAUUUUUCAAAGGAAGCAUUUUUCUCUGUUCUGUUCCUGACAGUGGAUUUUUAUUGACUUUGCAAAUAAAGAAAUAAAAAAGAUGGCAUGACACUCUCCUGCUAGUUGUGUGACAGGAGAACUCCAGCUGCCUAGUGCAGUUUUAACAGCCACUUGCUGUCAUAAAAUGUCUCAAGACAUUUAAGGUGUCUGGAGACAUCUCCAGGUGUCUGGAGGUUAGUAACUACUGUGAUGGUUGUUCUACUGUGGCUGUACCUGCAUUACACUGCAGUGUGAAGUAACAACCCACCUGCAGUAGGGUUUGGGAGUUCUGUUGGUUUUUUAUUAACCAUAAGACUUAGUAGUGGUGGAUUUAACACUGUUCAGCUUGUUCCUUUACAAUAAAUGUGACCAUUGUAAUGCUUUAA